UGUUCUUAAAGCGUGCCACUGCAGCGCCACGGUUGGGUUGCUGAAUCAAACGACAGUGUGACAUUGUGGAGGUUACAGGGGUGGUCAACGCUUCAGGGUGUAUUGUCAUCGGCGACAAGCUUCGGGAUCGACUGCGUUUUAGAUUUUAACACCGUAUCGUGUCAAUAAGAAUGGACUUUUAUUUGUAUCUCUUCCACUCCUAACGGGGCUCCUUACCAACGAACACAAAACGUGUUGCGGUCCACACCUCAAACCAGGAGGGAACUGUUACCUCUGCUUGGAUGGAAAUGGGAUUUUCUUUCCGUUAACAAAGAAAAAAGCAUCCUUUUUCAAAAGCAAAGUGGGGCGCUAGCUUGUUAGCAAAGUUGGCUACUCUAAGAAGUUUACUGUCAAGCCUGUAAUUAGCAACUCGGGAUAUAGCAGAUGUGCUUUUUCAUCUGAUGGCUCAGGUCAAAGUUCCGGUUUUAGUUAUCAUCACUCUUGUCGGAAUGACCCUGGAGCGAGAUCAUAUAAGACUACAAUGCAACUUAUACGCGGAAAAGUUUGCUAAUAUUUGGCUAGCUUGCGAAGCGUCGUGCUAGAAAGUGACGUAUGGUCCUCAGCCAGACCUCUGGAACUCCACGACAUGAUGAUGGGCUCUCUGAAGGCACUCCAGGAGUGGUGUCGGAUACAAUGUGAAAAUUACCACGAUGUGGAGAUAAAGGACAUGUCGAGGUCCUUCCGGGACGGCUUGGCGUUCUGUGCCAUAAUACAUCGCUACAGGCCGGAGUUGAUAGACUUUGACUCCCUGUCAAAAGAUGACGUCUAUGAAAACAACCGACUGGCCUUCGAGGUGGCUGAGACACAGCUGGGGAUUCCAGCCUUGUUGGACCCAGAAGACAUGGUAUCAAUGAAGAUUCCUGACAGGCUCAGCAUCAUCACCUAUGUCUCCCAGUACUACAACUUCUUUAACAACAAGUCUCAAGCCAACCCUCCCUCCAUGAAGAGGCUAGGCUCUGCUAGUCUCCAUGAGCCAGCACAGAAAAGGCCUCCGACCCCUCUGGAGGACAGAGAGGUUGAGUCUGAGGAGGCGGGUCUAGAAGUGGCAAAGCGCAGCACGCUAAGCAGCACCUGCACUGCCUGUCAGAAGCAUGUCCACCUGGUGCAGCGAUUUCUGGUGGACGGCAAAUUGUACCAUCGAAACUGCUUCAGGUGCACCGAGUGUCGUAGCACUUUGCUACCCGGGUCCUACAAACUAGAAAGUGAUUCUGGGGUGUUGGUUUGCACCCACCACCUCGCAAGACAAGUUUCAGCAAAUCAGAACGGCCGGACGGAUCUCAGCCAGAGACCCGUUGUCGUGCAGUCAGCCAGGAACGGUCACAGCAAGACCGUCUACACCUCGACCUCUGAGACGGACCGGCGAAAGACCCCAUCCCCGGUUGGCAAAGUGAGUGAUACUGACGUGCCCACCAACCCAAUUGUCUUAGUCACUCCCGCGCCAGCAAACACCGAGGUCUCCUUGGAAGACACAGACAUACAUGACGACGAUAAACAGACAGAAGAGAAACCCCGUCCCCCCUCUCCUCCAAAUCCUUUUGAUGAGAGCGAUGAUGAAGACAACGAGCCAGCUGGGGCAGAAGAAUCACUAACCAAAGAUGAGACCAACGGUGACCUCCCCUGCACACCUGUCAGUCAAGAAGCCGCAUCUCGACCGGUGCCAGCCCCUCGUCGAGUUGCUGAGAUAACCCCACCACCCCGCCCUUCCCCGCGAGUGAAACUACCCCGGACAGCAGACAGCCUUGCAGCAGGUGAACUUCAGAAGCAGCCCACCCCUCCAAAACCUAGAGAGAGAUCCCAGUCUCCGAGAAGCUUGUCCAGUGGCUCACAUAAACCCAAAGACCCACCCUGGCUUGCCCUGGUCCAAUCAGAGACCAAGAAGAAGAAAGCUCCUCCCCCUCCCUCUGCAGGACUGGCAACACCUCCCAAUACAGGCUCUGUGUCUUCUCUUAAAGAUGAGGGCUCCAGGUCCACCACGCCCCCUUUGCCCUCUAACCCCUUUGAGGAUGAUCAGGAUGACACGAACGAAGCAGAGGAAGACGAGGAAGCUGAUGCGGUUCCGGCCACGGUGGUGGCAAGUCAUCCGUGGUACAGUAUUACACAGGUGGCGGAUGUCUCGGGUGCGGUCACGCCCCCGAGCACAGGAAGCUCCUCCCGCUCGGCGAGCCCAGGAAGUGCUAAAAGCAAAAAGCGACCAGCACCUGGUGUGCCACAGCCACCUGCCACAAACCAAGCUCCUCCUCGCUGUCAGCAGUCUUCCUGCUCUCUAGCUCUCAGUGUGGAGAGUUUGUCCUCUGGGUCUGACCACAGCUCCUCCCAUCGCCCCUCAGCCACCGGUGAAGGCAGCAAGCAGGAACCCAGCUUCUCCAAAAGUGUCUCGGAGCCUUCCAUCUGUACACCAUCUCCCGCCUUGCCACCCUCCUCCUCCUCUUCCACCGAGCGUCUGCCUCAUUCUUUCCUCAGCCCUUCUUUGUCGGCGUCAUCAAAUGCAAGCUCCGCCCCUGCUACCCCGCAGGUCAGUCGCAGCCACGAGACCAAAGGAGCCACGACCACCCCCAGCCCAUUAGCCUCAGGAACCACCUCAUCGCAUAACAAGCGAAUAUGCAAGGAAAAUCCAUUCAACAGGAAAGUUUCCCCUUCCCCUGCCAAAUCCAAAAGCAAGCCCCCAAAAGGUCCUCGUCCUUCUAGACCUCCAGCUCCAGGUCAUGGCUUCCCACUUAUCAAACGCAAGGUGCAGUCAGACCAGUACAUCCCGGUGGACGACAUCCACUGGGAGAUGAGUCAGCUGGAGAAACAGCUGGAUGAGCUGGAGCUAAGAGGCGUGGGGUUGGAGAAGAAACUCAGAGACAGCACGAAUGAUGAGGAUGAAGAGCACCUUUUGGUCGACUGGUUCACGCUCAUUCAUGAGAAAAACCAGUUAGUCCGACGAGAAGCUGAGCUGGUCUACACAGUGAAGCAGCAGAACCUCGAGGAGAGGCAGGCUGAUGUGGAGUAUGAGCUGAGGUGUCUUCUCAACAAACCAGAGAAAGACUGGACAGAGGAGGACAAGAGCCGUGAGCAGCAGCUUAUGGCCGAGCUGGUCACCAUCAUUGAACAACGCAACCAAAUAGUCAACAACAUGGACCAGGACAGACAGAGGGAGGAGGAGGAAGAUAAGUUCAUGGAAGCUGUGCUGAAGAAAAAAGACUUCCAUAAGGAAUCAGAUGGAGGACAAGAAAAGAGAAAAGGGUCCAAGUUCAAACCCAUGAAGGUUCUGAAGAGGCUGAGCCAGAAAGGAGAACCUGCUAAAAGUCCUCGUAAGGAGAACAGCUGAUCCACACAAAGCGUCACACUGAAAGACCAUGGGGAUUUUUUGGAAGAUGUGUCUCGUGACCCUCAUGACUGUCUUGAAGUGCCACACAGAGUCCGCUUGCGUCUCCCUGCAGAACCAAAAUGACAACUCAAGUGCUUGAACAUCUCUCUGACCUUUUCAGUUUUCUGUCAAAUGAAGCCAGUGAGCCUGAAUCGCUCUCCUCCAAUACCCAUGAGCUCCUCACGUCUGACGUUGAGAGGAUGUUGAGGUCAGCCUUACUUUCAAAACAACCUGUAGCGGAGAUGCUCAGUGGUGAGUAGUCAUAAUACAUCACAUCUUCUCCUUAUCUUCAUGUUCACACGGAGAAGAGUGUCAUUUAUUUGCAUAGUCCGGACUGUCAAGUGACAUUUUGAACAUAUUGAGUGACUCAAGAGAUGGACAGAUGCCUGCCUGAGAAGUUCAUAAAGGUUGCAUGUGCAAUUAAAAAAAAAAAUGGUGAAAUAGCAGUUUUAAGCUGUUUAUAAAAAAAAAAACAACAAAAAAAAAAAACUGGAAAGCUCUGACUGUUCCAUUGUUAAUUUAUAUUUUACUAUGCUCCAAGUGGGAAUUGGUUUGUGCGACUCAUUUUGUUUGUUAUAUAUAUUAUCAAAGUUUUAACUUUUAUUUUAUACUCGGCUCAGAGCUAGUGAAUAAAUUGUACAUUACAUCCGUCAAGCCCCGCCCACCUCUCCCCAUCAUGGCGGACUUUCUCCUCCAUAGCGUACUUCGCUUCUGUUCUGUUCACUUGCGGCCGAGUCAACCCUCCUGUUUUUAACUCUACACUCCUUGGAUUUUACCCCAAAAACAGGAUUUUAAGAAAUGCUUACAGUGGAAGGCAGAUAAAUAAAAGAAGUUGAUAGAAAUACUGCAGUGGUUUAUGGUUUAUUUCACCUUUAUGCACUAUCUUGGAUCCACUGGCCUCUCAGAUGCCAUCACUUCCUUAUUUGGUUGUUGGGCUUCAUCUAGUAUCUCCAGUUCCCGGAUUUUCUAAAUUAGAGUUCAGAAAGAAAACAAACCUCCGUCAAGAUGACUCAAAUAAUUCUAAGCUAUAGUUUUUUUGUUUUUUGUUUUUUGUUUUAAAUAUACCUGUCACUUUUAUACAUUUUGUGCAAUACAAAUGCUAAAACCAAUCCAUCCAUCCGGGUCGCGGGGGCAGCAGUCUCGGUAGGGAAGUCCAGACUUCCCAGGCCAGCUAUGAGACAUAAUCCCUCCAGCGUGUCCUAGGUCUGCCCCGGGGCCUUGUCCCAGCUGGGUAUGCCCGGAACCCCCUCACUCGGGAGGCAUUCGAUACACGGUUACAAAAUGGUGAAAAUUGUGAUUAAUCUGAUUUAAAAAGCAAUCAUUUGACAACCCUAUUUAUAGUAUUUCUAAUAAUUAUUAUAUUCAUAUUAAUUUUUCAUGAUUUUUUUUUUAUAUGCCGAGGGCCAAUAAAAAAAUUAAGGGUCCAUCCACUUUCUGUACCGCUUGUCCUCACUAGAGUUGCAGGUAUGCUAGAGCCUAUCCCAGCCCUCUUGGGGCAAGAGGCGAGGUACACCUUGGACUGGUCGGCAGCCAAUAGCAGAGCACAUGUAGACAAACAAGCAUUCACACUCACAGUCACACCUGCGGACAAUUUAGAGUCUCCACUUGAACAAGCAUGCAUUAUGUUUGGGAAUGGAGAACAAAGAUGAUCCAACGGAGACACCAACCAACGAUCUCCUGACUGUGAGGCCAACAUGCUAACCGCUAGGUCACAGUGCGGCCCCUAAACGAAUGAAAUGUACUAUUAUCUGAUACAAACGCAACAAAUUAAACAUACAAAUGAAAACCUGAUCUGAUGGGAUUUUUGGGGGCAUGAAACGGUUUAAUAUCACAGCUUCCGUUCCCCUGUGUUGUUACAAAUUUGGAUUAUUUUCACAUCAAUGUGUCGAAUGUCACCAAAAUGUAACCACACACGUGUCCCAUUAUACAAAUCCAAAUAGUUUACCUGUGAUAUUUCAGUGUUGAUGAUGUGGAUGUACUGCUUCUCCUGUCCUAGAGAGGCCAUGUCAGCCAGGAAUUGUCUCCUUUCCUCGAUCUCAUCCAGAACUGCAAAAGAAAAAUGCAUCUGUACAUGAUUUCACUGAUCACAUUGCAAGCUUUCCAUGAAGUCACCUGCUAAUGUUUCUAACACUACUCCAGUGGUUCCCAACAAUUUCACAGUCCCAUACCCCUUCAGACAUUUGACUUGUAGCCAUGUACCCACUGCUCUGUUUGCCCCCUUCCUGAUAAAACAGAACUUAGCUAUGGUUUAUCACACCUGAGUUCAAUUUCUAUAGCCACGCCCAGGCCUGCCACACCUGCUGACAAUCAAAAAAAUCACUUAAAUAGGACCUGCUUGACAAAGUGAAGUAGACCAAAAGAUCCUCAAAAGCUAGACAACAUGCCGAGGAACAAAUGCGAAAGAAAGUAAUUGAGAUCAGUGUGGAAAAGGUUAUAAAGCCAUUUCUAAAGCUUUGGGACUCCAGCCAACCACAGUGAGAGCCAUUAUCCACAAAUGGCAAUAACAUGGAACAGUGGUGAACCUUCCCAGGAGUGGCUGGCCAACCAACUUGCUUAUGCAACUCCACAAUCCGACCACGUUCAAAGAGACAAAGCUUCUUAGCUUUAGCCAACAGGAGGGCAUGACAGUAUGCAUGCCGGACAGAAAAUGACAAUUUUGAGCAGAUUUAGGCUUUUAUAGCCUGUGGUCUUAAACUUUUGAUCAGGUGACAAACAACCUAUUUCAGUUUUUUUUUGUUUUUUUUUUAAUUACAAGUUUUUUUCUCACUCCCCCUUCUUGCUCUCCUUAAAACCUCAUUAAGAUCCAAAUGUGCAAUAGCAAUUUUUCAACUGGUCUUAAGAUUUUGAUCAGGUCUGCACUCUGUGGUCUGACGAGACAAAAAUUUAACUUUUUGGAAAGUGUGUGUCCCAUUAGAUGUGGCGUAAAAGUAAUGUCGCAUUUCAGAAAAAGAACAUCAUACCAACAGUAAAAUAUGGUGGUGGUAGUGUGAUGGUCUGGGGCUGUUUUGCUGCUUCAGGACCCGGAAGACUUGCUGUGAUAAAUGGAACCAUGAAUUCUGCUUGUCUACCAAAAAAAUCCUGAAGGAGAAUGUCCGGCCAUGAGCACUGCCCUCUGUAGUUGUAGCCUCCACUGCUGAAUGUGUACCAAUUCAAGUUCCUUCCUUACCUUCCUGAUAACGGUCCCUCUCCUCCGUCACUGCAGCUUUUACACACGUAGCAACGUUUUUCGAAGGUGCAUCAUCUGCUGAUUCUUCUUGUCCUGUCGCCAAGAUGCUUUGAAGCCUCCUCUUCUCCUUUUCUAAGUCUCCUAGAUGAAAUCACAGGAGAAUGCAGAUGAAAUGCAACAAUUUUACAAGGGAUUCACCAAAACAAACCAGAGCGCAUUCGCAUUGGCUUUUUUCACAGUACUAGCGUACUUGUGGGUGCAGGGCAAAACCUUUCUCUGACAUUGUUCCCAGAGAGGCAGGAAGCGGCACUGCGUCUCUGAGGACGACCUGGCAGGAGUUUGUGGACACAUUUGCUGCCUUUAGGCUGACGGGGGGAAACUGACGAUGGAGGCUGAGUGGUCAGCGGCAAGGCAGAUCCGUCUGUGGUGGGAAGGACAUUUUUUAAAUGCCGCAAUAUUUAGGUUUGUGCUGACACAAAGUCAUGACAAUGCCCAUUCUGUGGUCGUACACUACUCACAAAAUGUUAGAAAUUCACGUGGGCACUCGGCCUGGCAGGAUAAUAAACACAUUAAUCACACAACUAAAAUGAACUAGAUCAUUUUGCCCGCCUUGUGAAAAAGGUUUGCCACACUUAAAUGUUUCAGAUCAUCAAACAAAUUAGUCUUUGACAACUCAAAUGAAGUUUUUAAAUAAAAUGUUUUAUUAUGUUAAAAAGUGAUCCCACCCCCCUUAAAACAAAACUGAGAUUAAUUGAGAUCUAUCAGUGUGGGAAAGGUUAUAAAGUCUAAAGCUU